CCCACUGAGCGAGGCCAGGGAUAGAGCCCGCAUCCUCAUGGUUCCUAGUCGGAUUCGUUUCCGCGGCCCCCCUUUGUUCUUUUUAGCUAUUCCCCUGAGGAGCAAAACCAAACCCCCGAGUGAAGACUGGGGCUGAGGGCUGAAGAGUCCAGGAAUGACAGAAGCAGGGGAGGCAGAGGUGGUCCAGAGCACCCCCCCACCCCCCCCCGCCCCUACCAUCUAACCUCAGCUUGCACUGGGGACAGCCUGGGCUGGUGCAUCAAGGAUGGAAAGCCCAACUGCCUAAAAGAAGGGAGGCCAGGAAGGACCUUGGUUCCUCUCUCCUGCCUCCGCCCCCUCCACCCCACCAUGGUUCCCUUCUGCUAGGGUCUCUCCAGGUCCUGAGUCUGUUUUGCUCAAUGUCUCACCCUUGGGAAGCCGGACUCUGCCAUUUCAGUGACAGGCCCGCGUCUCUGUAGCUGUGUUCAUCCUGACUCUCCACCUUGUCUUUAUCUCCAAUAUUUUUUGGUUUCCUCACAAGUGCGCACUCUGGCUCCCCCAGGUCUAUAUGACCCACCCUGCCUUGGGGUCUCCCUCGGGAAUCUCCCAGUGUCACUAUCUGUCCACCCCCGAACAUCUGUGUUUCUCCACAUCCAUAAAUCCCCCCUGGUCUGUGUCUCCCUCACCAUCUCCUCUUUUCAAGUCUCUCCCUACAUCUCUAUCCCCCUGUAUCUUGCAUCCCCGAGUCUUCCACAAGGCCUUGGCAACUGCCAAGUCUGCUCCCAUCCUCCCUUUUAUCUCUCUAUCUCCCUACAUCUCCAUCUCUCUGUGACGCGUCUUCCCGAGUCUCUACAUCUUCCCCUUGUCUGUCACCUAAUGAUCCUGUUUUCUUAAUCCUUUUUCUCUCCCUGGGUCUCAAUAUCUCCCCAUGUCUCUCCCUCCAUCUCCUCUGCUCCCUCUCCAUCUCCCAUUUGUUCUAUAUCUCUCCUCUCCUCCCCGGCACUCUCUCCUGAGUCUCUCUGUCUCCCAAUUUCUUGGAUGGGGUGGAGGGCAGGAGGGUGGGGGAGGUAGAAUUGUUGUUGCUGGGGGCUCAUUAGGUAGAGAUUGGUUUUUAAUCAGCACCAUGGCAAUGAUGAUGCAAGAACUGAGAUGCCACCUGAUCCCCUGCUCGCCCCCAGCCCCCCUCCUCAAGCCUCCUUUCCCCUCCAGCUCAGCCCAUCUGCUGGCGCCUGGGCACCUGUCUGGGCCUGCCCAGGUGGGAGUUGGCACCUCCCAGACGUGGGGGGAGGGAGGGGGAGGGAAGCUUGGGGAAGAAUUAUAGGACUCCCUUUAGGGAAUGCCUUACCCUGGAGGAAGCCCAGAAAAAGUUGAUCAGCAACAGGGAAAUGGCAAAUGCUUCCAACAGCCUGAAGGUGGGGUGUGUUCCUCCUAAGGCCCAGGCCCAUUACACGCGUUAUCUCACUUAAUCUCUGCAGCAGCCCAAGUGGCAGCUAUAGUUAAUGCCAUUUUACAGAAAAGGAAGGUUGAGGCUCGUCGAGGGGUUAAGUUACUCGUCCAAGGUCACACAGCCGACCGUGCUCUCUUCACUGUAGCACGCUGUCUCUGGAGUCUGCCCAGCCAUGGUUCAUUUUGGAUACUCACAAAGGUUCAGUGACAGCAUUCAACAGCUGAGUGAGAAAGAGAACUGUGGAUACGGAAACGUAGCCCUCUGCCUCUCUGUGCAUCUCUUGCUCCCUGCUCCUGCCACCCUGCAUCACACACUCACACACAUGCACACACAUACAUGCACACACAGGCUGGAGGCAGCUGAGUUAUUGAUGUGAACUUAAUCAAUGUCCAUUUGCAUAUGAUUUUAUAGCUAAUUUUCUUAUGACUCAUUUGAUGCCCCAGUGUGCUUGAAGUGCCUGGGUGCCCUGCCCUCCUCCCACGGGGUCCUUCCAACCCUGGCUCCUCCUCUCUCAGCACUCCUGCACUCUGUUCCUUUUAGCCCUUACUCUUUACUCCUGAGAGCCGCCCCCCCUGCAAUUCCCAAUGGGUCAGGUUGGGCUGGCCAGCCUAGAAAAACGCCUUGUGGAACCAGUGUCAGGAAUCUGCUCCCCGUCCCAGUGAUGGGGUAGGUGGGAGGCUGGAGGCUGGGAUAAGAUGGUGUGUGGGGUGACUGAAUCCCAAGGUGAUAGGGGCAGGAGCCUGAACAGUAGCCCCAGGCAGCCUAGCAGGGGGCUGAUGGGAACCAGCAUUAGGAAGGAUGAGAGCUUGGUGAGGGCAAGGAUGCUAGGGUUCUCUUCUGCAUUUUAGUACUGUCUGCUUGCCCUUUCCUAGGUUUCUCUGUUAGUACCUUGGAAAGCCUUUUUCCCAGGGAAAAGGAGACAUGGGAAGGGCUGUCAAAGUCCAGCGGGGACUCAGAAUGGGACCGUGGCAUUGAAACCUGGCUUGCUGGGGGCCUCUGUCCCUGCUUGCCUCUGGUGUGGGAGGCUGAGGGGGUUCAUCUGUGAUCCUGCCCUGGCUCCAGCCCCAGCCCCACCCCUUCCCCAGCUCUCCAUUUCUUGCUUAUGAAAUAUGCAUGGAGAACAGAUGUCCCUGCUCCCCCACUCCCCGCCCCCCCAGGGCCAACCCCCGCCCCCAGCUCCCAGGGGGUUCCCAGAUCCCUCCGCCAAUGGCUGCCUGGCCUGGCUGUUUAAUAUUGAUGAGGGAGGGGGGCCGGGCCAGCCAAUGGGGAGCUGGGGGUGUGUGUGUGUAUCUCCAUAUAUAUACAUAGGGCUGGGCCAGCUCAGGUGUGUAUGUGCCUGUGAGUGUGUGUGUACGCGAGCCUGUGUGAGUGUGGGUGGCCCCAGUACCUGGCCAAGCCCACCCCAACCACCUGGGCUCUAUAUUCCCAACAUGUGUACCCCUCUCAUCUGCCCCGGAGCCUGUACAGCCACGCCACGCUGCCCCGGAGAGGUCUAGAAAGCUGGUCACAAACUUUGCAGACGGAUGAGCUCUGAGCAGCCAGAGGAGACUGGGGCUGUCAACGCUGCCCCCCUGUCCUGCCAGCUUGGAUUCCCUUGCAGGGUCCUCCUAGGCUCCUAACUGGAACACUGACCAUGGAACCCUGAAGGGGCUCUGACUUCCCGAGCUCAGUGGCAGACCCCAGCAUCCCAGGCCCUUCCUGCCCCUCCCGCAACCAGCUUUCAGGCUCCCAGAGGGAGGGGUGGGGAGGGGAUCCUGAUCUCUCAGGGCGGGAGGCGUCCAUCAUGAUGCUCAACUCAGACACCAUGGAGCUGGACCUGCCUCCCACCCACUCUGAGACCGAGUCAGGCUUCAGCGACUGUGGGGGCGGGGCGGGCCCGGACGGGGCGGGGCCCGGGGGACCCGGAGGGGGCCAGGCUCGGGGCCUUGAGCCGGGAGAGCCCGGCCGGAAAGACCUGCAGCACCUGAGCCGGGAGGAGCGGCGGCGCCGGCGGCGCGCCACAGCCAAGUACCGCACGGCCCACGCCACGCGGGAGCGAAUCCGCGUGGAAGCCUUCAACCUGGCCUUCGCGGAGCUGCGCAAGCUGCUGCCCACGCUGCCCCCGGACAAGAAGCUUUCCAAGAUUGAGAUCCUGCGCCUGGCCAUCUGCUACAUCUCCUACCUGAACCACGUGCUGGACGUCUGAACGAGGCCGGCCUCCCGCCCUGGAUUCACCCCUCUUCCGGGGGCCCUCGCUGGGGUCCCUUCUCACUGCUUAGGACAGCCUCUCCCCCCUGAGCCCCUGUUCCUUGGCAUGGCAUGUACCCACAGGCCCCCUGGCCCAGCCAUAGUGCCCACCGGUCGGUCGUGGAGGCGACUUUCUUUCAUUCACCCAGGCACCCGGAGGGUACCUUCUCAUGGGUACCUUCUCUAGUUUGUGGCUGGGGCCCAAUUGGUUAGAAAUGUUUGCUUGGGUGGUGGGUAUACAGUCUCCGCGUGACCCCUAGCUCGCUCAUGGGCUGCUGCCUCUUCCACCCUUGUGUCCAAAGUUUCAGAGACACCCCCUACCCCCCCCCCCCCCCCCGCCACAUACACACACACUUGGACUCUGCCCCUGGCCCUCUUUCCACCUUGUUCCAGCUUCUCCUGCCCUUGGGAGGGAGGGGCAUGGGAACAGGAAGGGGAAAGGCCAGGCUUAGCGUCCUGUUGGUUUUUCCCUCGGAGGUCUCAGUCUAGCCAUGCUUGGUGGAUGGGCCGGCCCUUGGGAGCAGAGGCAUGGCGAGGUAACUCCUGUGAGGGGACUCUCGGUAGCUGGGAAUGAUGGAAAAACUCCGUUUUCUAUCACGUUCCUGAGGCAAACACAUACAGACCUCAGAUCUUACUCCGUAGUGCGUGCCUUGCCCUCUCUGAGCUAUUUGGCACUCUCCCUGUGCCCUCCCACCCAACUAUCCCACUCGACUCCCUCCCAGUGUGCAGCUAGAGGAGAAUCCUCGGUCUUGGGGUGGGGUUCCCCAAACUCCACCCAGAGUAUCUGCGAAAGGGUCGGCCAUGGGUCGGCCAGCUCUCACGUCUGCUCCGGUCCGUCCAUCCCAGCCCACCAUGCAAAUGUGCAAAACCGGUACCGGCUUCUCCCUCGGAUGCAGGGGGGUGUCCUAUUAAUGCCCGCUGGGAAAGCUCAGCCCUCCUGGACCUAGGACGUCUUUACUCCAUUUUUUUUUCUCCUUCCUUGUGCUGCUCGAGCAAGGAAAGAGACCCUAACCCCAUCCUACCCCACCUCAAGGCUCUCUGCACCCCGCACCAUGCUGCUGAGCCCACCAGCUCACUACAGCCCAGGGGCAGUGGGAGAAGGGCCCCAGGACCUGUGUAGAAGAGAUGAACUCACCGCACUUCCCAUGCUCCUGCCUCCCUAGCACCAAACUCCUAGCUCUGCAAGGAUAUUAUUUAUUUAUGUAUUUAUUUAUUUAUGCAUCUAUUUAUUUACUUAUUUAUUUAUAAAUAUUACUAUUUAUUGCCGAGUUGUGCACUUUGGGGUCGAGUGAGAGAGCUUCUGGCAGCCCUAGCCAGAUCUCUCUUGCUUCCUCCCUGGUUAUUCUCCUCCCUUUCUUGCUCCUUUUGCAACUUCCAGUGUGUGAGGAGAUCACUCUUGUUCCCCACACCCACAUCCCUUCCUGGGAUCUACCUGUCCUGACACCCUGGUCCUCUGGGAUGGCACCCCUCCCCCACUUCCAGGGCUCCUGGAUCCUUCCUCCUGCUCCCUCCAUCCCCAGACAAUCCCACUCCAGUCCUGCCUGCUUCUUUUCUCUCUCGAGCCCUCCCCCGUGAAUCCUCACUUCUUCCUAAGAUCCCUCAACAGUAGGCCCUAGGGGUCUGUGUCCUGUGUCCUGUGUUUCCCUCCUGUUGUGUUUUUGGUUUCAUACAAAAAGAAAAAUUAAAGUGACCUCGUUCUAGCACCAGGUUCGACUGUGGAUCAUUCUAUUGAGUUGGAAAGCUGGGUUGUAGUCUCUGGUAGGGCAGUCAUUG